AUGACAUACCAUAAAAACUGCAUUUCAUACAAAUUUUUAUUUUCAGAAACAACAAGUGACAUUGUUGUUACCUGGUCCACACGUAACGAUACUGGUGAAAGCAUUGUAGAAUGGGGCGAAGAAAAUGAUUUUAAGUAUAAAUCAACAGGAUCUAGAAAUGAAUUUGUUGAUGGUGGAGAUAAACAUAAAAUACAAUAUAUUCACAGGGUAACAUUAGCAAAUCUGAAGCCAUCAACUAAAUAUAUAUACCAUUGCGGCAGCAACUUAGGUUGGUCCGCCAAGUUUGAAUUUCGUACAGUGCCGAAUGGUGCCGAUUGGUCACCCAGUGUUGCUCUAUUCGGAGAUAUGGGAAACGAAAAUGCUCAGUCAUUAGCUCGAUUGCAACAAGACACCCAGAAGGGAAUGUAUGAUGCCAUAAUUCAUGUAGGUGAUUUUGCAUAUGACAUGAAUACGGACAAUGCUCGUGUCGGUGAUGAGUUUAUGCGACAAGUUGAAACAAUCGCAGCCUACGUUCCUUAUAUGGUGGUCCCAGGAAAUCACGAAGAAAAAUACAAUUUUUCAAACUACAGGGCGAGAUUUAGUAUGCCCGGCGAAACAGAAAACCUAUUCUACAGUUUUAAUUUGGGACCAGUUCAUUUUAUAGGGAUUUCAACGGAGAUGUAUUAUUUUCUAAACUAUGGCUUAAAGCCACUUGUUUUUCAAUAUGCAUGGCUGCAAAAAGAUUUGGAGGAAGCAACCAAACCGGAAAAUCGCGCUAUUCGACCAUGGAUAAUUGUCUACGGUCAUAGACCAAUGUACUGCAGUAAUGAAAAUGACAAUGAUUGCACACAUUCACAGACGCUGACCAGAGUUGGCUGGCCGUUUGUACACUUGUUCGGUUUGGAAGAACUUUUUUAUAAGUUUGGUGUAGACGUAGAAAUAUGGGCUCAUGAACAUUCUUAUGAACGACUUUGGCCCAUAUAUGAUUAUCAAGUUCGAAACGGCUCAUAUAAAGAACCGUACCACAAUCCAAAAGCUCCUGUCCAUUUAAUUACUGGAUCAGCGGGAUGUAAAGAGGGUCGAGAGCCAUUUAUUAAAAACAUACCUGAAUGGAGUGCUUUUCACAGUCAAGAUUACGGAUACACACGACUAAAGGCUUUUAAUCAUACCCAUAUAUAUUUUGAACAGGUUUCAGAUGAUAAAAAUGGAAGUAUCAUUGAUUCGUUUUGGAUCAUUAAGGACCGCCAUGAUUCAUAUGAGAACCUUUAA